AUGGUCAUAUGUUUCCGAACGUUCCAGUAUGGCUUCGGUCAACAUAUGUGGAAUGUGACUAUGCAGCAAAUGUUGGGCUAUACGAAGAUGCUCGUCGGUAUCAUGGUGGUGUAUGUCUGGACUCCAGCUCUAGCUAAACUCUCGUUGUUAGCUCUCUACUACCGACUCAAUCCAGAUCAGAAAGUCCAAGCAGCCAUCUACGCAUUGGCAGUCCUGGUCACUGGAUACUCCUUGGCCAUCACCAUAGUCGCCGCCGGACCCUGCAAUCCGCGAACCCAUACGGACCAGAAGUGCCUUACAGACCUCAAUCUGUUCAUGGCCUGUAUAAACAUAAUCACAGACUUCUUGAUCCUAUGCCUGCCGAUACCGAUGUUGCGCGCCCUGCAACUACCUGUUAAACAAAAGAUAUUACUGGGCUUCGUGUUCGCUCUGGGAUCUGGUGUCGUCGUCAUAUCCACCGUCCGCAUCAUCUACGUCUACAGCAUGAUUAGCGAUCCCGACGCAACUUACAACGUGGCCAAGGCAUGCAUCUUCUCCACGGUCGAGCUCAAUGGCGGAGUCAUUUGCGCAUGCGUUGCACUACUGAAGCCAUUCAUACAGCAGUACAUGCCCUGGAUACUGGCCCUUUCGAGUGGAAGCGGAAGCGGAGAUGGAUCCAGGAUUCGUAAGUUGAAGAUGUUCGUGAAACGGAGCGGGGAGAAGAGUUAUGAACUACAAAGUGCAGACGCAGAUACAGAUGCGACUAAGCAUGCUGAUGAUAGGCCGGAUCACCGUAUUGCCGUCACCAAAUCAUACAGUGUUCAAGGCUCGAAAACGGGGAAAAGCGAUGGUGACAGCAUGGAAGACCUCUUUGCGCCGAAUGCGGGCUGGAACGGUGGUCGGUAG